AUCCCAUUCGAGAUAAAGUGGAGGGAUUUCUGUGUAUGUGUGUGUGUGUGCAGUGUUGCGACCAAGCCAAGCUAACAAGCUAGCAGAGCAAAGAUAACUUAUCUGAAACUAACCUGCUCCUCUUCACAAACAAGUCAGCUCUGAGGGACUCUCAGAAUGGAUUUAGAAGAUGACACUACCGUGUUAACAACCCUGAAGUCCUUCAAUUCGUUCAUCAGCCGCCCUGAACAUCCACAGCGGCCGUCAGAUCACUCAGCAGGGAGUGGAAACCUGCAGACACAGUACAAACGCAGUAUGGAGCUGUUGGAAGCAGCAGACAGGGUUCACUCAAAGAAUCGCUACCUUCAGUUGGACCAGGAGAAGAAGCAGAUGGAGCUGAGUCACAAACGAGCUCGAUUUGAACUAGAGAAGGUUGCUUCUGACAGCGCACGAGACUUGGAGCAUGAGGUUGACCGGAACCAGGAACUCUUGGGACGAAUUAAGAAGCUGGAGGAGAGGGAGACUGAGGCAGCUAAGAAGCUAUCAGAACAGGUGGAGGCGAAUUGUGCUCUGCGUAAGAAUCUGGGGGGCCUGAACAAGAAACUGGAGGAGCGAGAUUCUAGACUUAGCACCGCUAACCAGGCCAUCAGUUCUUUGAAGGAUGAGAUCAGAGAGAUGAAACAGAAGACUCAAAACAAAGACUCGACAAUUUCUACUCAAACCCUGGAAAACCAGGAACUGCAGGAACAGCUCGAUUUACAACGCAGGAAGUAUCAGGAAGUCUCUCAGCUUUGCCAAAGUCUCCAAGCUGCCCAGUCCUCCUGCUCAGAGCACAUCAUCAAGAUUAAGGAGUUGGAGACGCGUCUUGCCUUCCAGGAGCAAGACAUCGCCAUUGUGAAGACUGUUAAGUCAGAGGUGGCCAGGGUUCCAGAUCUGGAGAAAGAGUUGAAGCGUCUCAGAGAUGAUAAUGCCUUUCUCAGGGAGAGCAGAGAGAAUUGCAGUCUGCUGAAAGAGGAGGUAGAGGGGCUGAGGAGGAAGCUGGAGAGGAUGGAGAAAACCAAAGAAGAAUUGGUCAAUAUGGAACUGGAGAAAGAAAGGCUGGCUGAGAAGCUUCAAUCCUGGGAGAACUUGGGACAAUCUACUGGACUUAACAUAAGGAAACCAGAGGAUCUGUCCAGGGAGGUGAUUCAGAUCCAGCAGAGAGAAAUUGCUCUGAAAGAGCAGAACUACACACUCAACAGCCGUGUGAGGAGUGUGGAGCGCUUGCAGGCCGACCUCCGUGCAGAGGUGUCCCAGCAGCGCAGCAAGACUCUGGAGGAGCAGAAGAAGAGGGAGAUGCAGGAUGCUCUGGUCCGUCGACUACAGAAGAGAGUGUUGCUAUUAACAAAGGAGCGUGAUGGAAUGCGGGCUAUACUAGAGUCCUAUGACAGCGAGCUGGCGCCUACCGAGUACUCUCCUCAACUCAGCAAACGACUCAGGGAGGCAGAGGACAUACUGCAGAAGACGCAGAACCACAAUGCGGAGAUGGAGUCCCAGCUGACCAAAGCACAAGAAGAGACAGGGACGCUCAAACUGCAGCUACAAACGGUGGAGCUGGAGAUGGAGGCUCUAAAGAAGCAGCAGGCCUCCGCUGCUGACAGCAGCUCUUUAGCCACCAAAGAAGAGGUCAGCAUACUCAGACAAAAAAUUGAAGAUUUAGAGGCAGAGCGGCAGCGUUUGGAGGAGCAGAACAACAUCCUGGAGAUGAGACUGGAGAGAAACAAUCUACAGGGAGACUAUGAUCCAGUCAAAACCAGAGUUCUUCACCUCAAAAUGAACCCCACUUCUGUUGCCAAGCAACAGCGCCAGCAGGAAGUGGAAUCUCUCCGGGAGGAAGUGACGCAUCUCAGGGAGCUUGUGCGCUCGCUGCAGGAUGGAGGCGCUCUGGUCCACUCUCAGGACGACUCCAGCAUGCACAGCUCCAGCCUCGGCCUCAGUUUGCCGCCAUCGAAGGAGGUGCAAGAUUUACGUAAGCAGAUGGAGAGCUCUGAGCUCAGGAACCAGAGACUGAAGGAGGUGUUUCAGAGAAAAAUCCAGGAGUUCCGUACAGUCUGCUACGUCCUGACCGGCUAUCAGAUCGAUAUCACCACUGAGAACCAAUACAGGCUCACCUCGGUGUACGCAGAGCACAUGGACGACUCCCUGCUCUUCAAAAAGGGCUCCAAUGGAAGCAUGCAGCUCAUGGAGACAGAGUUCUCCAAAACUCUGGGAGAGAUGGUGGCCCUUCAUCUGCAUCACCAGAAGAGCAUCCCAGCAUUCCUCUCUGCGGUGACCCUCGACCUCUUCAGCAGACAAACCACCAUCUGAAGUAAUCCGACACCAACUCAGACACGGGGGCUGUAAAGUCUAAAAUUGGGAUUAGUUUGAUUUUAAUUGUAUAUCUUUUUUUUGUUCCCUUCCUUUUCUCCUGUCUCGUAAGAUAUUCACAAAGUGCUGAAAAUGUCCCGCUACUCAACAGCUCUGACAUGAGUAGUGCAGUCAGUGCCGUGUUGUGGAGGACGAACACUUUGUUUGAAGGAAUACUUCCAUCUUGCAUUUAAAAGGCUUCGAAAACUUAUUUGUACACUGAAUAUUUCAUCAAUGAGUCUUUGAGAAAUACAUUUUUUCCUAACAGGGACAAAGUUGUCAUGAAAAUGUCACACAAAAGCCGCUGAUAUUUGGAUGUGGAGUGUUUUUUUUUUAUAGUGGGAGUUUAAUGUACACUUCCCACUGAGUUUAAUACACACUGUGUGGAGCAUUAGAAACAUUUGUGUGGCUCUGUGGAUCUGCAGUAGAUGUGUUCUGUGUGGUCUUUACCAAGGCUGAGUCUUUGUUGACUCUUUUAUUCUGCCUUUUGUGUCCUCUCUCUAGGGGCGUUAUAUAAAAGGUUGUGGCUACAACUAGUCUGAGUCAAUCCAAAGACUGCUGAAGAAAUCCAUUUUAAUACAAGAGCAGUGGCUUCUAUUAUUAUUUUUCAGUCUUCUUCUAUCAAAAUCUUAGGUGAGUUUUCAUCAGUGUCUGAUUUUAGUUAUGCCACAGAUAUUGUCUCUCGCUUCUCUCUCUCUCUCUGGAUCUUCUGUAAGAAGAAGCAGUGAGGGAGAAGGUGAAACAUUUCAGAGGAAAAUACAGAGACUUGACUUCCUCCGACCACAUUCAAAAUACGCACUUAGAAAAAAAAAUGUAAUAUUUGAUCUGUAAUAAUCUCACUAAAUUUCACAGUAAGUGCAACAGGCUGUGCUGUGUCCUCAAACAGGGUGCGCUUGUGUAUUGCUGUCAGGCCUCUCAUCGUUCUCUCUUAACAACAAAAUGGAGAAAACUGAACAAACAAUCAUGGCACAAAACUGUUUGAACAGUAAUAUGAUGAAUCAUUUUGAAUAUCAUACACAGAGCAAUCAUGCGUUUUUCAUUUUAUAAAUGCGAGUGCUUUACAGGGAGAUGACCACAACGAGAAAUCUGAAUCCCCUGUUACAUCGUCACUCCACUGAGGCGGUGGAGUCUCUGUGAAUACAGGAAAACACACGGUGUUUAGGAUUAGGCUGUGUUGGUUGGUUUGAAUUAAUUCCAACAAAUUACAAGUUGGUUUUCUCUUUUCUUUCUUAUUUUUUUGGGCAUUUUGUAUUUAUUGGACAGGGGACAACAUAGAGAGAGAGAGGAAACAAGAACCUUGAACAUUGAGGUCUUUUUUAUACUUAAAAAAAAAAAAAAAAUUUAAAGUCACAGUUCCGCUAUAUAUCUAUCUAUUUUUUUUUUUUUUAAUCACAGGGCUUUAUAUGGUAUACACUUUAUUUUUCCACUGCUCAUCUGCUUCAUAAAAAUGUUAUUAGACAUUGGUGUGCCAUCAUGAAGUGCUGAUGGGACAAAUAAAGCCCACACAUGGAAAACACCAGGGAUGCUUUUAAUGUUUGAAAUUCAAACAUUAGUUAGAAACUCUUUUGAAAUUCUCCGAAAAAUGCAUUUAUAUGUCUUUGGAUAUCAAUUUUAUUUUAACGAACUAUGAAUUAUUCCUGUUAGGAUUUAGUUAACGAUCUUGCCUGUGUGUAUUUCCGUGAGCACAAAACACGAGACAAGUAGAGGGAAAUUUCUUGGCAGCAAUAAAGAGAAAUGGCAGAAAUAAACAUGGCGUGAAGAGGGAAGCAAGGGAGCAAUCCAAUAAAACUGAGAAACGAAAGGAAGUGAACUGAGAAUAAAGCCACUUAUCACAGCAACAAUAUAAGAACUCCAGCUGGUGCAGCCAUAUGUCUCAUGAGGAAACAUAUUCUCCUGUACAGUACAUGCCACAUACUGUCCUUUGGUUCUUUUUUUCCUCAGCCUUUCACUUUAACAACACAGCACAUCUACUGCACACUCGACAGCUCUCACCUGUAGGUCAUAUUGAAGAGGGUUUCACAUAAGCUGUGUAACACAUACAGUGGUGCAGCAGACGUUGUUUUCCUUCAGCAGUGUGAGUUGCACUUUGGUUUUUAUAAUCCCCAUCCCAUAAAAUUACUGUACCCCCUUUUCUGUUUUAAAGAUUGAAUGCAAAUGUUAAUCAAUAAAGCAUAUGACUGUGACUCUUGAAA